GCUGCCAAACUCGUUUCUAAAAAACCAAACCACACUACUUCCUCAAAAAAGCCUUCCACCAAAUCUGCCUCAUCCUCAAAAACUUCCAUUUUUCCCACACUGGCACAAACUUAUGUAAAAAAGUCAGUUGAUCAGUCCUUAAACCCACCUGCAACUUUAAACAUUUCCACUGACCCGCAUAGCACCUCUCUCCCUCCCACUCCUAACCACUCUGUAACCAAUACUCUACUUUCCUCUUCGGUGCAUCAAAUGGAAGUUGACCUCCCACCCUCUUCUUCAAAAGACCAUUCCUCACCUGAUCCACCCCUAGACCCUCUCUAAAACGGUCUAGAUCAUCCCCAACCUUUAACCCAACACCGUCACAAAAUCCUAACCCUUUUUUACAUAAAGAAUAUGACCCAGUCCUCUCCCUCACUUUCUUAUCUAAACCUUCCUCACAAAAAUUCCUAGCGUUAGAUUCAAACCCUUUUCAACCUCUCUCAUCCUCCUCUACUUCUCUUUUGUUACCUGAUUCCCAAAUUUCUAAUGGGGAUCCUUCUUCCCUCCCCCAAUGAGUGUAAAACUCUUUUUUUGGAACGUCUGUGGCCUAAAUGACCCGGAUAAGCAUCGGUCUUUUGUUAGCUGGCUUCAUUUUCAUAAACCCAUUUUUGGUGCUAUUCUAGAAACUCAUGUAAAAGAACUCUCCUUGUUGCCCCUUAAGAUAAAGCUCUGCCCUGGUUGGAAAUUUGCUUCAAACCACCACUCUGAUGAUGAUGGGAGGAUUAUACUAAUCUGGAAGGACCCGCUGAAGAUACAAAUAGUACAUCAAAGCAGUCAAAGCAUCACUUGUGCUAUGGAGAUUCCAAACUUACCUCCCUUCUUCUACACAGCAGUCUAUGCAUCAAACUUAACUGUAGACCGCUCUGACCUCUGGGCAAAACUCUUGUAUCUUCAUGAUUCUUUGAAUCUACAAAACUAUGGAUGGAUCGUAGGAGGUGAUUUCAACCAAAUCUUGAUGUCUUCGGAGCAUUCCUCUCAAUCAGUCAACGCCCAAGAUUACCAGAUGUACCAAUUUCAAGAUUGUUUAACACAAACUGGGCUCUUUGACUUGAGAUACAACGGUCCAAGCCAUACUUGGAAGAACAACCAACCUGACAUGCCUAUAGCUAAGAAGCUUGAUCGACUUCUCAUCAACUGUAAUACCAUCUCAGCCUUUCCCCAUGCCUCUGCAAACUUUCUCCCCCCAGACAUCUCUGACCACACCCCUUGCCUCCUAGACCUAGCCUACCAACUGCCUAAAGCGGGAACCCAGCCCUUUAAAUUCCAAAACUACCUAACUAAACACCCAGAGUUCACCAUGGUAAUACACGACGCUUGGACUCGAGCCGGAAGCAAUAGCUGGACUCUCACUCAACUUUGUUGGAAGCUAAAACUCAUCAAAACAAAUUUGAAAAUCCUAAACCGAGACAACUUCUCUAAAAUUCAAGAGAGGGUCACAGAAACUUACAAUCUGUUACAAACUGCGCAGGUACACUCGCUUCAGGCACCAAGUCAACAAUUGUUCUUGGAGGAGAAAGAGCUUCAUGAUCGCUGGAUGUUCCUGAGGCAAAUAGAGGAAUGCUUUUUCCGUCAAAAGUCAAGGAUCAAUUGGUUAACAGAGGGAGAUUUGAAUACAACUUACUUUCAUCGCAUCUGUCAGGUCCAAGCUAGCUACAAUGCAAUCAGAUCAUUUAUCACCGAGUCGGGCAUUCAAAUCACGGACCCUCAGGAAAUGAGUAACCUUGCUAUUGCCCAUUUCCAAUCUGUCUUGGGGCCACUUAAUUACAGACCACCCUGCAUUGCCUCCCAUCCAUCUUGGUUCGCGCUCCUCACCAAUUUCAGAGUCACAUCACUGCAAUCUACUCAAAUGCAGUUAAUUCCAACUGCCUUGGAGAUUAGGAAACAGUUUUUCAAACUUAAUCAGAACAAGGCUCCGUUUCCUGAUGGACUUACCUCCGGUUUCUUCAAAGCCAGCUGGGACAUACUAGGAGAAGAGGUUGUGCACUCAAUUCAACAUUUCUUUGCCUCCUCUUUUCUGCCUGCUGCCACCAAUGCCACCAUCCUCUCUCUCAUCCCAAAAUUCCCAGGAGCAAGCAAAAUCACAGACUUCCGGCCGAUAUCCUGUCUCAACACAGUUUAUAAAGUCUUGUCAAGAUUACUGGUAGCUCGACUAAAGCCCUUUCUGCCUGAUCUAAUUCUACCUAGCCAGACUGCGUUUGUCAAGGAUAGGUUGCUGGUUGAGAACACUACUCUUGCCAGUGAGCUUAUUCAUGGAUAUCACAAGAAUAAAGGGUCAAAAAGAAUUGCCAUAAAGGUCGAUAUUGCUAAGGCAUUUGACAUUCUAUCUUGGGAAUUCCUUCUCUCUAGUUUAGAGGCUAUAGAAGUACCGCAAAGAUUCAUCUCCUGGAUAAAAGCCUGCAUAUGCACAACUAAGUUUACGGUGGGUUACAAUGGGGUGGUUAAUGGCUAUUUCAAAGGCAAGAGAGGGCUCAGACAGGGAGACCCGCUGUCGCCCUAUCUCUUUGUAAUCGCCAUGAAUUACCUAUCUAUGAUGUUGAAUGAAGCAGCUCGAAAUGAAAAGAUCAAGUAUCAUAACAGAUGCGACAGAAUGAAGCUUACCCAUCUAUCAUUUGCUGAUGAUCUUCUAAUCUUCAUAGAUGGGUCUUUGAGUUCUGUUCAGAAUGUACUUCAAGUUCUGAGAGAAUUUGAGCACAGGUCUGGGCUCGCGGUCAGCUUCCAGAAGACAAGCUUUUAUGCUUCGGGUUUAUCAGAGGAAGAGCUGAGCACAAUCCAAGCCUCUACUGGUAUGCACCAUGGCUCCCUCCCUUUCCGUUAUCUCGGGGUCCCUUUGAACUCAAGAAAGCUGUCCAUAGUGAACUGUGAACCUCUACUACAUCAAGUGAAGACCCGCUUCUCUUCAUGGUCUGUGAAAUCUCUGUCAUUUGCUGGAAGACUGCUCCUUAUCAAGACGGUAAUUGCUGGGAUCACAACAUUCUGGUGCUCUGCCUUCAUACUUCCCAAAGCCUGCAUCAACAAAAUAAACUCAAUGUGUAGCUUCUUCCUAUGGAAAGGGAAUUUAGAAGGUCACCACUCAGCAAAGGUAGCCUGGGAGACAGUAACUCUAACAAAAGCACAAGGAGGGUUAGGAAUAAAAGACUUACAUGUAUGGAAUAAGUCUUGCUCAUUGCGACUGAUUUGGAUAAUCAUCUUUAGAGAGGACUCAGUAUGGGCGGCUUGGUUCAAGGAGGUAGUUCUUAAAGGUUCGCUGCAAAAUUAUUGGACGGUGAAACCAAGCCAAAAAAACUCCUGGCUAGUGAACAAACUGAUCAAGAUGAGAACAAAGGUCUUCCCUCUGAUCAAGAUGCGAAUAGAAAAUGGAAGAACGGCUCGCUUCUGGCUGGAUAACUGGGCGCCAACAAGCUCCCUAACCCUGUCGCAGACUCUCCCUGGAGGCCGCUUCGGCAUACCACUAAGUGCUACAGUUGCAUCACUGCGAAGAAAUGGGAGUUGGCGCCUUCCUCCAGCAAGAUCAGAGGUAAUGCUCGAGCUCUAUGCCUACAUGACUAUGAUUGAGCUAACUGAACGCGAGGAUUACUAUGAAUGGGAGAUUCAAGGAGCAACGACCAUAAAGUUCAGCACUGGAGCGAUCUACACCAACUUGCGAGGUACAAUACCGGACCAAUCUUGGACUAAAACUAUUUGGAUCCCAAGAGCAAUACCAAGGCACUCAUUCCACUCGUGGCUCGUGACUCUAAACCAAUGCCCCACAAGAGAUAGAAUGAUACAAUGGGGACUUCAAAUCGAUCCUACUUGCCUCCUCUGUAACUUGACUGCUGAAUCAAGAGACCAUCUUUACUUUGUCUGCCCCUACAGCUUUGGUCUCUGGACAUUGGUUGCCUCUCAAUGCCGAAUUCGACCGCAAAGAACUUGGGAAAGUACGAUCACUCAAAUGGAGAUGCUGUCAAUCCAGAAACCAUAUCGCCUCCUUACACUUCUCUCUUGGCAAGCUACUAUGUACUGGUUGUGGAAAGAGAGAAACGAUCGUCACCAUAACAACAUCUUCAGAACGGUUGACUCGAUCUUCUCCCAGCUAGACCGUCAGAUCAGAAACAAGAUCCAGAGCUUCAGGAAAUCAAACCCUACUCUAGCUUCGAAGAUGAUGCAGCGCUGGUUUGAUACCACUGGGACUUCUCCUCCCUCGUAACCAUCUGCUCUUCUUUUUCAUAUUCCAUUAAACUGCCAUCGACUCACGACCAGGGAGUUCUGAUGGGCUUCAAAACAUGAGAGUUCAUAUUUGAGUUUGUAGGGCCUUUUUGUACUGGGCAUUUGCCUCAAAACACUAGUCUUGGGCUUGUAAUAUUUUCUGUUUUAGUAUAAAUGAAAGCCAGUUUACAAAAAAAAAAAAAAAAAUCGUAAUAAAAAUGGAUAUUUAUUUCAUAUUCAAGAAAUCAUAUAUUUAAGGAAUAUAUAUUUUAAAAUAAAUAUAAAAAUAGAUAUGAUCAUACGAAGAAGAAUGCAAAAGAGAUAAUGAUGAAAGAAACCCUCUGUUCCUCUCUCCCCCCCCCCCUUCAUUAAUACUCUCUAUCCUUUCUACCAUCAUCAUUGGCUUUCUCCUGCUCCUUCACCGCCUUCAUCCUCCUACUCUACUCCCUUGCUGCCGCUUUCCUCCUACUCUGCUGUAAUCGUUUCCGGCGGUUGGGUCUUCCUCUGGGACGUCUCCGGCUUCCUCUCAUAGGCGAGACUCUUCAGCUGAUCGGAGCUUACACGACUGAGAAUCCUGAGCCUUUCAUUGAUGAGAUUGUUUACUCGUAAGGUUCGGUUUUCAUGAUGCAUAUAUUUGGUGAAUUGACGUUCUUCUCAGAUGACGCAGAAGAACCAGUUAGUUCUUCAACAAAGGAAAGCUUUUCGAGUGUUCUUAUCUUGUCUCCCAUCAAAUUCUAAGAACCUAGUCAUUCUGUAUUCUAUUUGUCAUCACUCAACUAUCGGUCCUCCUCAUCAUUCAUGGACUCCUCCUCUUCCCUCUUGGGUUAAAUGUAAUUUAGCUUACUCAUGGGAUAAGAAAGCAAAGAUAGUUGGUGUUUCUUGGCUGCUAAGAAACCAUGACAGAAAAGUUCUUCUUCAUAGUCGACAUGUUUUUGCUCAGAUUGAUAGUCUUGAUAUUGCAAAACUCCAAUUCCUUAUAUAUUAAAAGAGAAUCAUUGUAAUAAAUGUGUUCAUAUUAAACUGGACACAUGUCACGUGUAUAAGCAUAUUAAUAAAUACGUUUACACUAAAAUAGACACGUGUCACAUGUAGAGAGUUUCUCAGCCAAACUUUACAUAAAUAUGUUCACACUAUGUACUUUACGUUUUUUUUAAUAUAAAACUCAAAUGCAUGGUUCUUCUUUAUAUUAUUUUUAUUGUUGAUGAAUAGAGUCGAACAAAUUAUUCAUAAAUUUUUAUUCGAUUUGUUAUCCGUUUUGACUCGAACCGAAAAAAUCUGGAUAUCAGUUACUCUACGAAGCAAAUCAAAUACUAAAAUGCAAUAUCCGUAAAAAAAAAAAGCUAAUCACAAAUAUCAAUAUUUAUAGGAACAUAUAUCCAAUUUGAUCCGUUAUAACUUAUAUGUAUAUAUAUACAUAUAUUUAAAGAAUUAUAUAUAAGUUAUAUAUUAUAUUUUAUAUAAUUUUUGCAAUAUCUUUGUUUUUAAAUAAUUUCAUUUUAAGAAUUUUAUUUUUCAUUUAUUAUUUUGAAAAAAUGUCAUUUAAUAUUAAUUAACAAUAUCUUUAUAUAUUUAUUCAACCAUCUUUAUAUACUUUUACAUACACAUACAUGUGCAUUGACAUGAGCACCUUAUAACUAAGAAUUUAGCACAACUGAAAUAUCUAAUUUUUUGAAAAUUAAAAUAUUUUUAAUGCUUCUUUCACUAUCGACCAAAUUGUAGUAAAAUGAUUUGUUUUAAUAAUUUUAUAUUCUUUUUUUAACUAAUAUCUAAGAUUCAUAACAUGAAAACAAAAAAAAAUAAUAGUAAUUUUUGAUUAUCACAGGAAAAAAAAACCAAAAAUCAAAAACAUCAAACAUUUUAACCGAACAAGCCAAUUAAAUAUUAAUUUAAAAUAAUAGUUAUAUUUUAGGAGAUUAAAAACCAAAUAACAACCUAAAACUGAACUGAUAUCCAUAUUAAUAGAUUAAUGUCUCCUUAUUGAAAAAUAACAAAACUAAUAAUCACAUUCCGCGCAAGGCGCGGAUUAUUACCUAGUUUUUCAGUAUUACAAAGAAAAUUUCCACCUAAUCGUUUAUGGAAGUAACAUUAGGACAUUUUCUAUAUGCGUUUAGUAUUUCACUCUGAAGUCAAUAUUGUAUUUAAUCAUCAAUACAAUACUAAAAGGGGAAUAAGGGCUCCCCUCAUGCUUCCACGUCCUCACAAAUAAUCAACCAAUAGGAAACCAGAAAUGCGCCACGUCAUACAUUUGUUUUCUCGACAAAGAAUACAUCUAAUUUGGGCUGAACAAAAUUGAAAGUGGCCCUGUAAAGAACAGCCCAUCUCUUUCUCGAACAUGUUACCCUUCUACUCCGACUCUUCCAAUUCACUAUGUAACUACCCCUUUCGUGUUUCAAAAAAAAAAACUACCCUUUCAUAUUCUUUCUCUCUCCCGAGUCAUCUCCUUCUGAAACUCGAUCUGAUCACUGAGAAUCUACGACGACGAAGAAGGUGGAGGACGACGAGGAAGAAUGAGAAUCUCAGGCUACGUAAUCGUUGAUUUAUCUGUAACUGUAUUCUAUUGCGUCGAUCGUAGUGUUCACGCGUGUCCCGUCGUCCUCAUCCUCUCCAACAACGAUCUCAACAGCGGCGGCGACGAUCCCGGAGUCGGAGACUCCUCUAACUUCGAGGAAUUCGGCGAAUCCGAACCCAAAUCCGAAGAGGAGCUCGAUCCCGGCUCGUGGCGACGGAACUUUCAAUAGGUUGAUGGAGGAAGCAUUGGAGGAGAUAGAGGCGGCUUAUUCAGCCGGAGAUCCACACUCGCAGUCGCUGAUGGGCUUCGUCUACGGGACGGUGAUGAUAAGGGAGAAGAGCAAAAGCAAAUCCUUCUUUCGCCAUAACUUUGCUGCUGAAGGUUGUCUCUUUCUUAAUGCAACUUCUGGGUCACACUUCUACUUUGACGAUGAGGUGAUAGCAAGUCAAACUUUAUUUGAUGAGUAAGGCCCUUCAUUGUAGUGCAUAGGACAUAACAUGUUCUCAUAUGUCUUUCUAAUGCUCUCCUUACAUCCCACUUACCAGGUUGUGUGCCACAAUCGUAAGUGACUCCACCAGUGGUACCGAAUACGGUGGAGUCCAGAAGCUGGAGACAGUUUCAUUAGCGGAGUUGAACGCCUACGUUCUAACCUCACUCCACAAGUACGUUUUCUGAUUUAACAUCUACUCAAGCGUUCUAAUAUUCAGGACAUUAAACCCAUAUAACUCACUUAAACACAAAAUAUUGAGUUCAUAUUCAGGACAAUGUCUCCUCCUGCACAUGCACUAUAUGUUUUAACGCAAGUGCUGUUGGAGUUGUGAGGUUGUUUCCUAAAUAUUAUCUUAAACCUCCAAACUUUUCAAAAAUCUUUUGACUUUUUUUACUCACCAAUUUGUUAACAUUCAAAGUUUGAUGCUUUUAAAGAUAACGUGUUGAGAUGAUGGUGGCAAAUGGAGAAGAAUCGCUGUCUUUGUUGCCUUCGACACAGCUAUCACUAAGCUCACCUAUGCCAGGGCCACAGAGGUUUCCAACCCUAUUGUGAGUGACAUCGACAUACUCCGAGCAUCAACUAAAUUUUGAUGUAAGUUAAUAAAAAUUUGUUGACAUGGAUUUUGCUUUACUUCAGGGUUAUGGUGAGCAAGACCCAGCAGAAUAUAGCCUCCCUUACUUUCUCCAAGACAUUGUUCUGAAGAGCUACAUUUCAUCUCAAGCUUACAGAGUUAAUUUUUCUUUCCUCCAUGAGUUAUUUACUGUCGCAAGAAUCUUUGACCCCAAUCAGAGAAACCCAGGCCCUCCUUUGCACUGCAUGUAACUCAUAGAAAAUUCUCGCCACUUGGGUCUCAUUAAACAGCAAACUACUUACAAAUUUAACUGUUUGUCUAAAGGGUGAGGGCAACAAUCGUGGUGACAAUAUCUCUGGAGAAAAUUGUGCUUUUUGCAAGUACCCUGUCGGUGACUCCUUCUCAAAGGACACUCAUCUUCCUGAAGCUAAUGACCAGACCAUUGGACCUGCAAGUGUUGUGCAAGAAGCGUCAAACACCUACCAGGUGGAGUCCAAUAGUGAGAAUGUUGAUGAUCCACAGGACCACCACAAAGAAGGCCCGCAAAGCUUAGUUUUCACCAUGGAGCGGAAUAGAGGAACAAAUGUUUCUCCCAUGCAUAUCGUCAAGGCACUCACAUUAUGUUUUUUCCAAAUAAUAGUUAUGACACUAAGUCCACCAUGAAGUUAAACAUUUUGCGUUUAUGAUAUAGAACAUAUUUCAAAUUUUCAGUAACUUUAAAUAAUGUCUACUCUAAGAUUUUAUUAAAAAUUUAUAGUCAUUAUAUCAAACAAUUAAUAAGAGGAGGAUAUAAACCUUAGAUAGAGUGUUCACGUAGGCGAAAAUAAUCGGCCAAUGAGAAACUAUAUUUUUGUCAUGUCACCUACUCUAUUUGUUUUUGCAAAAUGAUCUUUUAUCUUUUUACUUAAACAAUUAUAAUCAAAAAUAUAUUUUUAGUGAAAUAUAUUAUUUAUAUAAAUAUAAUUCAUUAUUUAUUUACAUAAUAGUUUGUAAGGAAAUAUUUAGUGUAAAUAAUAUCAUAAUUAUAAGAUACUAAAAUAAAUUGGGUUGGUUUUUAACUUUCACAAAUAAAAAGCAUUAUUUGUAAACUUAGAAAAAAAUAUAUCAAGAAUAUUCUUUUUCAGAAGUGAAAAUAGAAAAUUACAUCGGAGACAAAUCCAUCUCUAUUAUGUAAUUCCUCUAUUUUAGAGAAAAAAUAGAGGAAUACAUUGGAGAUGGUUUAAGGCAUGGCCGACGUAAAAGAUCGACGUUGAGGUUUCAGCUUUUUUGAUUCUUACUAUUCUAAUAUUUCAAUAUAAUUUGAAUAUUUCCGUUGCUUUAUAAUAUAAUGGUUUAAACGUAAUUUUUAUUUCACUAUAUAAAUUGUUUUUAUAUUUCAGUGUAACUUUAUACUUAUCGGAUAUUGUGUAGCCAAUUAAAUUUUAUAAAUUACUGUGUAAUUGAUUAAAUCUAUAUAUUAAAUAACAGUUUUCUAAAGUAAUAACUUUUAAAUAUUACAGAUUUUAACUAAAACUAGAGGAUAUAAGCCUCAGAUAGAUUGUCCACGUAUGCGAAAAAAAUCGGUCAGUGAGAAACUAUAUUUUUGCCAUGUCACCUCCUCUAUUUGUUUUUACAAAAUGAUCCUUUAACUUUUUAUUUAAACAAUUAUAACGGAAAGUAUUUUUUUGUGUAAUAUAUUAUUUAAAUAAAUAUAAUUAUAUCUUUUUUUACUUACAUAGUAGUUUGAAAAGAAAUAUUUAGUGUAAAUAAUAUCAUAAUUUUAUAAAAUACCAAAAUAAAUUGGGCUGUUUUUCAACUUUCACAAAUAAAAAAUAUUAUUUGUAAACUUAGAAAAUAAUAUAUCAAGAAUAUUCCUUUUUAGGAGAGAAAAUAGAAAAAUACACCGGAGAAAAAUCCAAUGAAAUUCUUCUAUUUUAGAGAAAAAAAUAGAGGAAUACAUUGGAGAUGGUCUAAGGCAUGGCCGACGUAAAUGAUCGACAUUUAGAUUUCAGCUUUUCUGAUUCUUACUAUUCUAAUAUUUCAAUAUAAUUUGAAUAUUCCCUUUGUUUUAUAAUAUAAUGGUUUAAAAGUAAUUUUUGUUUCACUAUAUAAAUUUUUUUUAUAUUUCAAUGUGACUUUAUAUUUAUUAGUUAUUGUGUGGUCAAUUAAAUUAUGUAAAUUACUGUGUAAUUGAUUAAAUUUAUAUAUUAAAUGACAGUUUUAUAAAGUAAUAACUUUUAUAUAUUACAUAUUUCAAUUAAAAUUUAUUACAUUUUGAACCAAAUAGAGUAAUAUAUAAACUAACUCUAUAUUGAUAUGAGGACAAAAUUGUAAAGUGGUCCCGCCUUGAAUUUCUCUCAUUCUUUGCAUUGCUAAUUGGAAGGAGAUAAUCACCAUCUAAUAUUAUGUUACUUUCACUAUAUUAGAAAUGGCCGAACCGUAAACCAAUUAAGGAUGAUGACAUAAAGAUGUAUUUCCAGUUAUCACAAAUAUAGAAUCAAUUGACAACAACUUAAUUAUCUCCAGCGUAGGACAACAAAGAAGAGUUUACAUAUUCUAAUAUUAUAAUAUAUCACUAUAUUAGUAGCUAAAUCAGUUUUCUCUAGCACAAAUACUCACUCCAUUCUUGGAGUUUAAGCCGUUCUAUCUGAUGAUAUUAGUAGUUUGAUCCAAACAAAAAAAAACAGUCAAACUGUACAUUGUAAUUGGAGAAAGAAAACAAACAAAAA